AUGCAUAAAAACGAGCAGUGCUUUGCAGUCUCGUCUCUCAGAACACCUCCCAGCCCGUUGGAACACUUCAGCACCAACGUCAUGAGCGAAUCCUUCCGUUUGGUUGACCUUGCGAGACGAAAACUGCUCGCUGCGACGCAGUCCUCACCCAAGGGUAUUAAACCCAUUUUUUCCGACCGUCAACCAACGCCCUUCUCUCGAGUUCUUGACAUCUCCUCAGCCGACUCGGAUGGUGGUCACAAGAGUAACUCUAUGCCAUUCCCCGACGUAGUCGAGCCGGUUCUCCGACCCUGCGAGCGUGGCCACGCCGUGAUCACCAUUUGCAACAAGAUUUGCUUCAUCCGCUUCAUCCUUCAGCUGAACCCGAACCAGUCUGCGACCGGGAGCAGCAACCCAGUCAUCGUCUUCAAUGAUCCGCCGCCGAGUCCCAGCGUUGGACAGUAUCUGGCCCCCUUUAUUGGAGGGCAGCAGUGGCUCAUCGUCAUCGAGAACAUCCUCGGUGAAGUGGACUCCCCUGCAGCUACUCCAGCUUACGAUGUAGUACAUCCCACUCCUGGAAGCUACGCCGUUGCGGAACUAGGCGUGCGCCAGUUCCUGGUGGAAGUGGUUAAAGAGGUCAAGACCACGGAGGACAUGCGCAAAGUUGCCAAAGUCCUUUCCGCCAGACCGGGAUACAAGUUGAUUUGGACCACUCCGCAACUUCGCACAUACCUUGUCAGUCCCCACCGAGACCUGGAGCUUGACUUCCCUCUGUCGUGCCCUCAGCCUCACUCGGAGACCGCUCCUGUGGCCAAGUUCGACGCGGAGGAGGAGGGAAACGAUGAAUACGUGGACGCUCCAUCCCUGGACCUAGAGCCUCACGAGGACGUAGAUGAUUUCUUCCGCACUCUCUCGCCUGAUGAUGCCACUGAACUCGAGACCCGAGGCCUUGUCGCCCAGGGCCUUCGAACUGCCGGUCGCAAGCGUGCCUGCCCGGUGGCCCAUUCGUCUUAG